AGUGGAUAGAGCCAGGGACACCGAGGAAUGCAGAGCCGGGAUUCUGUUUUUCCCUGCUCACCUGCGGAACCUUCCCGCAGCCCACAUCAAACCGUCCGACGCCGCUGGUGAGCCCACGGGACGCCAUGCUGAGGCAGAUCCUCCUCAACUCUACCGAUGCACCGGACUUCGACCUGGUGCUCAUGGCCCAGUCCUCCACGCACGCCCCCGCCGCCCUGAAUGCCUCCCACGGCGGCUCAGUGAGCGUGGCCGCCCUGCUCAGACCCACCGCGGGGCGAGGGGGAGGAGGGCUCCGAGACGGUGAACUCCACAAGCCGGACCUGGCCACCUACAUAGUCAUGUGCCUGGUACUCUUCCUCCUUGUGCUGCUCAUUGUGUUCUUCAUCAACUGCCAGCUCCGGAACUCUUUCUUCGCCUCCAUGCCCUAUGACAGAUCACUGAGAGAGGCCCGGGCCUACAAGUAGACCCCGGACAGCAGGGGUAUGACAGAACUGUUGAAGGUGGCUAUCCGGCACCUAUGAAUUGCUGCUGCAUGUUUUGAGCUCAUGGAGUUCUUGCCUUGGUGGGUCUUCUUGGACUAAACUUCUUGUAGGACCUAACAUGGUCAGUCAGGGCCUUGUUGUUUAUGUUUCCAAUAGCAACACUUAAGACCACGGAUCCCCAUUUGUUUAAAGGUUGUCUCCUCAAUUUGAGAAAAUGUUCAUUGUCUAUAUAUACCGCAAGUGGGAAGAUAGUGGAGAGGGGGAAUGUUUUGAUUAGAUCUUUCAUUCUACUGAACCUAUUCACACCUUAACAUUGGAGACUCCCAGAACCCUUUCACACACCCAUGGUGAUCUGGGCACAACGUUUUGGGAACCACUUAUUUAUUCCUGUCAAUGUACUGGCAACCGACAUUCCUGCGAUUGUAUCGUGUUGCUCCCAGACUUUGGGCUUGAUUUCAAACAGUGUUUCCAAAGCCAAUACAGGAACCCUAUUGACUUGGCCCUGACAAGCCCCACUUGAUCCUGCGAUGGAAAAGUAAUCAUUGUCAACAAACAAAGGCUAUAGGCUUUAUGUGUUAGAAGGUUGUAUAGCCUAUAAGAUAUUUUGUAUGACUGUAACUGAACUGUCUGGUAUUGUGCAAUGACGCGGCCCACACAUGCUCUUCCCUUGUUCAUUAAGCAAUGAUUAAAUGACAGGCUAUAGGCCAGCAUAUUCACAUAAAGAUACUUAAUUAAGUA